UUCAGCUAAUAACACUGGAUGUCAUUUCCGCAGGUACUCGCAUCGGUCAUCAUGGUAUCGUGAGUAUUUGGAGAACAAUCUGACGCUGUAUCAUGAACCUAUGUGGGAUGAACACUUAGGAGCGUCUCCUAGCGACUCCCAUCUUCCUCUCUGUGGAGGAAGUGUAAGUGAUAUGGUGAUGUAUAGUUGGACGAGCUGGAAAGUGACCAGGUGUCAACCAAGACAAGAAUCUGUGUAGACUUCCAAGAUGGCUGGUGCUGAGGAGUUCCAGGAGCUGCAGAGCAGUAGUAACAAUGAGGCAUGCCGCAUGGAGGAACGGCCAGAGCAUGGGAUGAAAAUCCUACAGGGCCUUCACAAGCUCAAAAACGACAAGAUCCUGUGUGAUGUCACACUCAUUGCAGAAGGUCACAGGUUUGAUGCCCAUCGUGUAAUUCUGGUGUCCUGCUCGGACUACUUUCGGUCAAUGUUCACAAGUGGAAUGCGGGAGAGCACGCAGCGGGAGAUUGAGCUGAAAGGCAUCACAAGUAAAGGCCUGGACAAAACUUUGGAGGUUAUCUACACCUCCACAACCACCUUGGAGGGUGAUGACAUCUUCGAUGUGAUUGCUGCAGCCACACAUCUACAAGUGACACCUGUGAUUGAAUUCUGUGAGAGGAACUUCCUAAGUGGUAUGACCACUAGUAAUUUCUAUGAUUUUAUAAACACAGCCAAACUUUACAGCAUGAACAACGCAUUGAAGCAAAUAGACGUGUUUAUAGCUCGGAAUCUCAUGCAGAUCUCAAAGGAGGGAACCCUUCACCUUCUCACCUAUGAUCAGAUGAUCAACUGUCUGAACAGCGACCGUUUGUGUUUGCGUGAGAUUGACAUUUUCCACAUCACAUGGGAGUGGUUUCUACUAAACAGUAACCAGGACGAUCAGGCUAUACAGCUGAUGAAGCUUAUUCGCUUCCCUCUCAUCAAUCCAGCUGACCUGGUACAGCAUGUGCAGCGAGUGGACAUGAUGAUGACUCAUACAGAACUGAGACAGAUGGUACUGGCCGCUCUAAACUACCACGUGGUACCCCACUCGCAACCCUUGGAAGCCAGCUAUAGUGUACACCUCCGCUCAUUUGUGGAGCGUCUGGCUAGUGUUGGGGGACGAGAGAUCCACCCUAAUCCCUGUCUACAUGAUGAAAUAUUGGUCUUUGAUUCCAAAAUCACUUCUAAUAGUUUACUAAACAGAACAGAGAUUGCAUCAUUACCAAGUGCUCUUAGUCACAUGCAGGUGGUGGUGUUCAAUAACUUCCUGUAUGUAUUAGGGGGCUGCACCACACAAUGUGCCCACGGAGAGUCAGCAGUCAAUUCAGUUCUACGAUAUGACCCUCGCUUUGAUAAUUGGUUUCAAGUGUGUCCAAUGAUUAACAAGAGAGCCUAUUUCUUUGCAGGAGCACUUCAUAAUAGGAUUUAUGCUGUUGGGGGCAAAUUCAAGGAUGGCAGUCUGGCCACUGCAGAAUGUUACAACCCUGGAGACAACACGUGGGAGAUGAUUGCGCCCAUGCCCAUGUCCUACCAUGCUCAUGCUGGAGCAGUGUAUGGGGCCCACAUCUAUAUAUCUGGGGGCUACAGUGGUAAUCACUUCACUCCUGACAUGCAGCGAUACGACCCCUCCACCAAUCAGUGGGAAGACAUGGCGUCCAUGUUGACGCCACGUGGUUGGCAUGUCAUGUGUGCAACACAAUAUAAACUGUACGUGUUUGGUGGUUGUAACCUCAAUGUGAACCAGCAGGCACAACCAGUCAUGCAGUCGGAGUGUUAUGACCCAUCCACGGACCAGUGGACUAUAAUUGCACCCUUGUCUAUUUCCCACAAAGAGGCUUCAUGUGUGGUUUACAAUGACCAGAUAUAUGUACUAGGGGGUUACAACGUACAGACUAAAACUGGACAGAAACUUGUUUCGCGGUUUGACCUGUACACAGGUAUCUGGGAAACUGUUGGGGCAUUACCCAGGAGUCUAACAGGGGUAGGCUACUGUACCCUCAAACUACCUGCAUACAAUCUUGACGACUCUGAUUAAGUCUUAAAUUAACCAUAUAUAGGUCAUGAUGAGCCAUACUCUUAUCAAAGUGAAAAACACCAUACACAUUGUGUGCUUUGUCAUUGUACACACCCGAGUGUUCGUGUUGUGAUGGAUUCAGCUGGCGUACACAGGGAUAGUUGUGAGAGGGUAAAGUGAAGAACUAGCUAAUGGCCACAGUUUUCUGUAGUGGUGAUCUGGGCUGUUCACUUUGAACUGUAGGAGUGAUAUAUGUGGACUUGUCCACUAAGUUGGGUAUAGGUCAAGAAUAUGAAAUGGUUACUGUAUGCAGUUUUGUUUUCAUGCAGUCUUAUUUUCACAAGAAAGAAAGAAAAAAUUCUUGAAGAGUCUAAUUUGCAGUUUCAAGAUUGUUUUGUAUGUAUACGUAUAAUACUGGAGUAUAGCUAUUAAAGAACUUGUCACUGUUGUGUUGCUGCAAAAAAUCAAGAAAUAACACUGCCAUGAAAACGACUCUGUAUACAGUACUAUAAUAUGGGACAAUUAACGUACAUAUAUGUGAAUGAUGUAAUAAAAGUGAGGUAAAAACAAGAUGGUACAUAUACAGAUAUCCAUAUAAUAAGUAAAAAUAAGAUGGUACGUAUACAGAUAUCCAUAUAAUAAGUAAAAAUAAGAUGGUACAAAUAACCAUGUUGUUGCUAUGAAAUGAUGUACAUGUGGGUAAAGUAUGGAUAAAAGGAGUUGGGUCAUUUAUUGUUAUAUAUCUAUUGUAUGCCAGUGGGUUUCUAUUUGCUUUUUCUGUUGCUGUGACGAUUGAGUGAAUUUGUGUGUACUAAUCAUUGUGGGGGUAUGUGUAUGCUUGUGUUAGUGUGAUGAGGGUACAGAAACAUUGUUUGUGGUCGAACAUUUCAUUUGAGUACAUGAUAUAAACAUGUAUCUUGUCAAUCAUUUGUUAUUCAUAACUUCUCAGAAUUAGCUAGAGUGAUAUACACAUCAUUAGAAAUGUUUUACUCCAUCAGACUUGUUUAAAAUCAUAUUGACGUAACUGAUGUGUACUGUGUCAGACUUAUAACAGUAUAGACUAUUGACUAUAUUUCUUAAGUCUACUGUAUCACUAUUUUCGAUUAGUGUAUACAAAUGUGCAAGCUCUUAUUUUGAUAUCUUUGAAAUUCGAGUCUCAGAUUGAUUACAUUUUACUAUCAUCACUCCAAGGAGAAUCAAGGAAUUUUAAAAGAUACAGCCCCUGACUUAUUUAUGAAUGUACAGAGAAGGGCUAGUCCAACCCACCACUGAGGGGGGUAUAGGUCUGAAGGUGUUCUUUAUGUAAUAGAGAUGCAUAUAUGAAAUAGAAAAUGCUAUGUACAGCACACUAUAUGUUUAUUAGUUGGAUAAAUGCUCACCAAUUAGCCUUUCCAAUCACAGUACAUUUUUCGCUGUAUGGGUUAAGAAUAGUAUUAUGUACACUAUAUUCUCCCCAAAUACAUAAUAACUGUUAAUCGUCAAACUGUGUAUUGAUGUAUCACUUGAAAGUUUAAUAUAUUUUUUUCUCUUUAUGAAUUUAAUUUUCUUUGUACAGUACAUAUACAAUGUUUGUACAUAAGAUGUAAGUUACCUAGAGCUGAUCAGGGCUUUCAUUAGACCUUGGAGAGUUUGUUUACCUAGAGCUGAUCAGGGCUUUCAGGGAGAGUUUGUAUAUUGACUUUUGGGUUUGAAAUGUCUAUUUGACAAAUGUUUUGGCAUUUAAAAUUUCAGGGAAAAGAUUAUUUGACUUUUGAAAUUGGUAAAUGUCGAAGGUCAACUGAAAGCUCUGCUGGUUAACAUACACAGGUAAAUUGUAAGUGAAAACAAUUCUUUAUUUUUUGCUGCUUCCAAUCAUUUCUCUUAACAGGUUUUAAGCGAACAUUUAUGAUGUAAUGUGUGUAUGUAAUAUAAUCAAUGACAGGUGGCACUGUGUUAAUAUUGUGUGCAUGCUCAACAUAUUCGAACUAUAAUCGGUAUUCUGCAUGUUUCAUUGUUCAAAAACAUGCAAGCUUCUAUAAAUUCUUUAAAUAGAAACCAAACAAGUUAGAACUUGUAAUAUGCAUAAAAACUUCCAUAGAUUAUGAAACAUAAUUACAUUAAAUGUAAAAAUUGUUUUAUAAAUUAGAUUUGGUUCAAACUUCUUGUGUGUGAGAAAUACUAGUAUACUAGUACACCCGAGGUAAAUGUAAUGUGUUGAAGCUGUUGUUUGGAGUUGUCUCCCCUGUGUGAGUGUUGUGUGUCGGCUUAUAACAGUAGGUGAAGCAAGGCUAAAGUAUCAUCAUCCGACGUGUUACUCCUAGGCCCAGCUGUUCAGUACUAUCAUCAUCAGACAUGUUACUCCUAGGCCCAGCUGUUCAGUACUAUCAUCAUCAGACAUGUUACUCCUAGGCCCAGCUGUUCAGUACUAUCAUCAUCAGACAUGUUACUCCUAGGCCCAGCUGUUCAGUACUAUCAUCAUCAGACAUGUUACUCCUAGGCCCAGCUGUUCAGUACUAUCAUCAUCAGACAUGUUACUCCUAGGCCCAGCUGUUCAGUACUAUCAUCAUCAGACAUGUUACUCCUAGGCCCAGCUGUUCAGUACUAUCAUCAUCAGACAUGUUACUCCUAGGCCCAGCUGUUCAGUACUAUCAUCAUCAGACAUGUUACUCCUAGGCCCAGCUGUUCAGUACUAUCAUCAUCAGACAUGUUACUCCUAGGCCCAGCUGUUCAGUACUAUCAUCAUCAGACAUGUUACUCCUAGGCCCAGCUGUUCAGUACUAUCAUCAUCAGACAUGUUACUCCUAGGCCCAGCUGUUCAGUACUAUCAUCAUCAGACAUGUUACUCCUAGGCCCAGCUGUUCAGUACUAUCAUCAUCAGACAUGUUACUCCUAGGCCCAGCUGUUCAGUACUAUCAUCACAGGACUUGUUUCUGUUUGACACAGCUGUUCAGUUGUAUCAUCAGAUGGCCUGUUACUUCUUGUUCAGUUGUAUCAUCAGCCGUCUUGUUACUUUUCAGUCCAGCUGUUCAGUAGUAGCAUCAGAUGGCUUGUUACUCCUUGUUCAGUUGUAUCGUCAGCUGGCUUGUUACUUCUCAGCUCAUGAGCUGUUCAAUAAUAGCAUCACUUGGAUUGUUAGUACCAUCAGCUGGCUUGUUACUCCUUGUUCAGCAGUAGCAUCACUUGGAUUGUUAGUACCAUCAGUUGGCUUGUUGAUUAUUCCUUGAUCAGUUGUAUCAUCAUUUGUUUGUUACUUCUUGCUCAGUUGUUUCAUCAGCUGGCUUGUUACUUGGCAGCUAAUGAGCUGCUCAGUAGUAGCAUCACUUGGUAGGGAAAGCAGGCAAAGCCAGUAUAUUUGUAAUCCCUCUCCUGGUUGUUCAAAACUUGAUUAGCUGAAUGAAAACUUUAUAGUAAAUUUCCAUGUUCUAUUUUUUUCAAAAAAUAUAUUGAAAUUCCAGACUAAAUUUAAAGCUAAAGGUAUAAGGAUUCAACAUAUCGGUAUGAAGAAAAGUAAUGACUUGUAUGAACAUCUGGGCCCAGUAGUCAAUCGAUAAGUGUUGGUCGUCAAGCAGGUGUGUUAUAAUCGGUAGGUAAAUCAUCACACAGGUGUGGUAUAAUCAGUAGAUCCUUUUUCAUUUAUGAACCCCCCCCCCGACUGUUUAAAAAUGUAAUGAGAUUUUCCAGAUGUUAUAUUCAUACUAAAUACUGCUUUUGAUGAAUUCAUUAACAACUUUUUUUAUCACAAUUCAUCAGAAUGUAUGGGAAAAUGUUACUUUUAUCAUUGCAAAAUCUGUUAUAUAGCAAGUGAGAUUUGGUACAUGUAAAUACAUGUAUACUUUCUUACAAAAUCAGAAAUUUGAUAUGCAUGUAUUUUAUUCAUACAUAGUGAAAUUUUCCUUUUACUGUGGAAGUGAUUAUAGAUUACAAAUGUAUGUUAUCAAAUAAGUGAUAUACUUUCUCUCUAAACACAGGACUAUUUCAUUAUCUAUAUACUGUCAGGAGAGUAUGUCUUCAGUUUGUGCUGAUCCUAGCUUAACAGAAUUAAAACAUUUUUGUAGAACUACAUGUUUUUCUUACAAAAUGUUAAAUAUACUGAUUGUGUAGGUCUUUGUUGUUAUGGUAAAAUGCUUGUUGUUUAUGAGAAAUAGCAACGAUCAUCUGUUCUAUACAUGACAUUAAAUGUCAUUUCAAAGUACAAUGUAUCAAUAUUUAAUACCAGAAAAUUGUCUGGCUGAAAUCACGGAGAACAAAACACCUACAGCUUGUAACCAGAUCUGGACUGUUUCACAUGAAAUAAUAGUUGAUUUUACAUGUUACACUUUAGAUUCAUGGCAUCUUGGAAUAUUGUUGCCAUGGUGAUAUGUUUUCAAGGUUACCAGCAGCUAGUGGUGGUGUAUCCCAGGGACUGGGUUUUAACUUUCUGUAUCUAUGAUUGUGAUGGCAGAGCGGAUGUGUGUAUUGUCACCUGUUUCUUCAGCCAAAACCUGUUGACAUCUUUAAUUUUGCUGCUAUUUAUUUCUCCCUUUGUUUUCUUUUUUGCAUACAUUCAAAAUAGAACCAUAUUUUGAAACAAACAUUUUAAUAAUAUCCUUUUCUUCCCAAGGAAAUAAAUAACAGGAAAAUGAAGUGUUGCAGUAUUGGCUAGUGCUUGUGUCUACGUUAUCAUAAAACAUUGCUGGCAUACAUUUAUUGACAAUAUAUAUCAAAUAGUGAAAUAAAACACAAAUCUCAUACCAAACGUUUCAUGCCUGUUUUGUUCUGGGAUACAAUCUGUUUCUACGAACUUAUUACUGUCAUAGUCGAGAUAACAUUGGAAGCAAUUGAAAUGAAAGAGCUUUACUUUAUAAACUGUAUACCAGUAAAUGUCCGCCAGUCAAAUAUUCGCCCUAAAAUCUAUGUUCGUCUAGCGUUAAUUUCACCCUUCACAUGCAAUAAGUAUUAUUUUCCGUUGUGUAUUAAUAUUUGCUGUAAUGAUAGAUUUGCCCUCAUUGAGGAGAUAGGAAAAGGCAAAAGGAAACCUUCAGCAAAAUUUCCUGGUAUACAGUAAUGAUGUAAAUAACAGUCUCUAAAUAAAAAAAAACCACAACACUGUUUGGAAAAAAAUAGUGCAUAUAUUAUGAUAAAUCUGUUUAAAUAUUAUUUUGUAUAGAGAGGCAGCCAAGGUUGACAUGUUGUUACACAUUUUAUCACAGCACCACAUACACCUUGUCACAUCAUCAGUUCCAACGAAAGAAUUAUCAAUCACACUGAACAGCUACAUGUACCUACAUGUCUUCAUACCAAAAUCACAUGGACAUAAUUGUAAAAAAA